GACCGGAAGAUGCUACCCCUUCAUCCCAACAUGGCGGCUUCCUCAGCAGCAUGUUGUUUACGUUUCUCUGUAGGGAUUGCGCAAAGACGGGAGGUGUUAGGACGUUUCACCAGGUUAACACGGGGCAGUUUAAUUCGCAGAUUAAGCUCCAGCCAACAUUACACAGGCAAACACUCAGAUGGUUUACAGGGUGUUCAGCCUCCUGCCAUUCCAGUUGACAAACUGAAAGUAAGUUACAGUCGGAGCAGUGGGCCAGGCGGUCAACAUGUAAACAAAGUCAGCACAAAGGCAGAGGUCCGGUUUCAUGUACAAACAGCAGAAUGGAUUCCUGAAGAAGUCAGAAAUGAGAUUAUCUUGAAGAAUAAAACGCGGGUAAACAAAGCUGGAGAGCUAAUAGUAACUUCAGAGGUUAGUAGAAGCCAACAGAGGAACCUGGAAAACUGUCUGCAGAAAAUCUCUGAAAUCAUCACAGAGGCCAGUCAAAGACCACCAGAGCCUUCAGAAGAUGAUAUUGCCCUGAGGGCUCAAAGGUUACAAAGAAGAAAUUUAGUGAGACUUCAACAGAAGAAAAUCCAAUCUGCAACGAAGCAAGGACGACGAGUCGAUUUUGACUGAAUUAAAGUUAUUUAAAUUGUCCAGUGUUUUAAUGAAAUGGAUGGAUUUGUUCUGCUUUUCUCCCCAAUUUAUUUAUUUUUACUUCAUAAUAAGACCAAUGGCUAUUUAUCAACAUUCUGUUAUACUGAAAAUACUGAAAAAAAUAUAUGUGUUUGGGAAUUUCCUCGCUGUGGGUCUUAUUUUAUAAAAGCAGGCUGAAAAAAUGAAACAUAAUGUCAAAGAAUCUGUCAACUGAAUAAAUACAGUUCUGAAAGAUACAA